AUGAUCAGCAACCGCUGUUUGGACUUUGCCAACACUUUGGCCCUUGUCGAAAUGCGUCCAUGCAACUUUGUUAACAUAUUGUGUCGUCGCUAUGAUGGUACCCUUGAAUUAGGCAAGUUGAUGAAGAGCAACUCCAAGGCCAUAACAAGUUCAUGUGUCCAUUAUCGACUAUUGUUUUCAGUGAAGACCAUCAUCGUCGAACACGAUGCCCUGAUGGAUGCUGUUGUAGGUGCUGCUAUGCGUGCUCUCCUGGGUGCUCUCCUGGGUGUCGUGGAUGCCCUGCCAUGGAUGCCCAUGGAUGCCCUCGUGGAUGCUGUCAUGGAUGCCCUCGUGGAUGCUGUCAUGGAUGCCCUCGUGGAUGCUGUCAUGAAUGCCGUUGUUAUGGGUGCUGUUAUGGAUGCCCUCGUGGAUGCUGUCGUGGAUGCCCUGCCAUGGAUGCCCAUGGAUGCCCUCAUGAAUGCCCAUGGAUACCCUCGUGGAUGCUGUCAUGGAUGCCCUCGUGGAUGCUGUCAUGGAUGCCCAUGGAUGCCCUCGUGGAUGCUGUCAUGGAUGCCGUUGUGGAUGCUGUCAUGA